CCCGCGCUCGCUGAUUGGCUGCUAUUUGCAUGGUCUCCUGGGUGACAGGAACGCGGUAGCCUGGCGGGGGAGUUCUGGUGCGCCUGCGCACUAGCAAGAUCGGGGGUGCCACUGGAGCCUGGAAAUGAAGCGUGUUUUCUCCCUGCUGGAAAAGACAUGGCUGGGUGCACCAAUACAGUUUGCCUGGCAAAAAUCAUCUGGAAACUUCCUUGCAGUAACAGGAGCUGACUGUAUUGUUAAAAUCUUUGAUCGCCAUGGCCAAAAAAGAAGUGAAAUUAGCUUACCUGGCAACUGUGUUGCCAUGGAUUGGGAUAAAGACGGGGAUAUCCUGGCGGUGAUUGCUGAGAAGUCUAGUUGCAUUUAUCUGUGGGAUGCCAACACAAACAAAACCAGCCAGCUAGACAAUGGCAUGAGGGAUCAAAUGUCCUUCCUUCUUUGGUCAAAAAUUGGAAGUUUCCUGGCUGUUGGGACCAUUAAAGGAAAUUUGCUCAUUUAUAACCAUCAGACAUCUCGAAAGAUUCCUGUUCUCGGAAAACAUACUAAGAAAAUCACAUGCGGAUGUUGGAAUACAGAGAAUCUUCUUGCUUUGGGUGGUGAGGAUAAAAUGAUUACCGUUAGUAACCAGGAAGGCGACACAAUAAGACAGACACCGGUGAAAUCAGAGCCAAGUGACAUCAAAUUCUCCACCAGCAAGACCGAUGACCGAAUUUCUUCCGCUGAGAACACAAUAAGUGCAGUAGUUGGCAAGAAAAUGUUGUUUCUUUUUUAUCUGAAUGAACCAGAUAACCCAGUUGAUCUGGAGUUUCAGCAAGCCUAUGGCAACAUCGUCUGCUAUAGUUGGUAUGGUGAUGGUUACAUCAUGAUUGGCUUUUCCCGGGGGACAUUUCUGGCCAUUUCUACUCACUUUCCAGAAGUUGGGCAAGAGAUAUUUAAGGCUCGUGACCAUAAGGAUAAUCUAACCAGCGUGGCCCUGUCCCAGACCCUGAACAAAGCUGCUACAUCUGGAGAUAACUGUGUAAAAAUCCACGAUUUAACAGAAUUAAGAGACAUGUAUGCUAUAAUUAAUCUGGAUGACGAAAAUAAAGGGUUGGAUACCCUAUCCUGGACUGAUGAUGGCCAGCUGCUAGCACUGUCUACCCAAAGAGGCUCUCUCCACGUCUUCCUGACCAAGCUGCCCAUCCUUGGGGACGCUUGUCACACAAGGAUUGCCUAUCUCACCUCCCUCCUUGAGGUCACUGUGGCCAACCUCAUUGAAGGAGAGCCACCAAUCGCAGUUUCCGUUGAUGUGGAGCCCAACUUUGUCGCUGUGGGUCUCUAUCAUCUGGCUGUGGGGAUGAACAAUCGAGCUUGGUUCUAUGUCCUUGGUGAAAACGCUGUAAAAAAGUUAAAAGAUGUGGAAUAUCUGGGAACGGUAGCCAGCAUUUGCCUUCAUUCUGACUAUGCAGCCGCACUCUUUGAAGGAAAAAUCCAGUUACAUUUGAUAGAAAAUGAAAUCUUGGAUGCUCAAGAAGAACGUGAGACUCGGCUCUUCCCAGCAGUGGAUGAUAAGUGCCGGAUCUUAUGCCACGCCCUAACUAGUGAUUUCCUCAUCUAUGGAACAGAUACUGGCAUUAUUCAGUAUUUCUUCAUUGAGGACUGGCAGUUUGUCAAUGACUAUCGACAUCCUGUUGGUGUGAAAAAGCUUUUUCCUGAUCCAAAUGGAACCAGAUUAGUUUUCAUUGAUGAGAAAAGUGAUGGAUUUGUUUACUGUCCUGUUAAUGAUGCUACCUAUGAGAUUCCAGACUUCUCACCAACCAUUAAAGGUGUUCUUUGGGAAAAUUGGCCAAUGGAUAAAGGUGUAUUUAUUGCUUAUGAUGAUGAUAAGGUGUACACGUACGUGUUUCACAAGGACACCAUCCAAGGAUCCAAGGUUAUUUUGGCUGGUGGCACUAAACUUCCCUUCUCCCACAAACCUUUGCUGUUAUACAAUGGAGAACUGACCUGCCAGACACAGAGUGGGAAAAUCAACUCCAUCUACCUCAGCACCCACAGCUUCCUUGACAACAUAAAAGAUGCAGAGCCUAGUGACCUGAGACAGAUGCUGAUGCAGACCCUGAUGCUCAAGCGGUUUUCCGAUGCUUGGGAAAUAUGCAAGAUGCUAAAUGACCGCUCAGCGUGGAAUGAGCUGGCCAGAGCCUGUCUGCAUCACAUGGAGGUGGAGUUUGCUAUCCGCGUUUCCCGGACAAUAAGGGAUGUUGGCACAGUGAUGUCCUUGGAACAGAUAAAGGGAAUCGAGGACUACAAUCUUCUGGCAGGACAUCUCGCCAUGUUUACUAAUGAUUUCAACCUGGCUCAGGACCUGUACCUGGCAUCCAACUGUCCUGUGGCUGCCCUGGAGAUGAGGCGGGACCUGCAGCACUGGGACAGUGCCCUGCAGCUGGCGAAGCGCCUGGCUCCAGACCAGAUCCCCUUCAUAUCCAAAGAGUACGCCAUCCAGCUGGAGUUCACGGGUGAUUAUGUAAAUGCUUUGGCUCAUUACGAGAAAGGAAUCACAGGAGAAAAUAAGGAACACGAUGAAGUGUGCCUGGCUGGAGUGGCUCAGAUGUCCAUAAGGAUGGGAGACAUCCGUCGUGGGGCUAACCAAGCCCUCAAACACCCCAGCAGGGUCCUUAAAAGAGACUGCGGAGCCAUCCUGGAGAACAUGAAGCAAUUUUCAGAAGCCGCCCAGCUGUAUGAAAAAGGCCAGUAUUACGACAAAGCCGCCUCUGUCUACAUUCGCUGGCAAAAGUUGGUGAACUCCUGCCUCAUAUCUCCUCUCCAAAGAUCCACCUGCAAUAUGCCAAAGCCAAAGAGGCGGAUGGAAAGUAGGUACAAAGAGGCCGUGCUGGCUUACGAGAAUGCGAAGCAGUGGAACAGCGUCAUCCGCAUCUACCUGGACCACCUCAACAACCCCGAAAAGGCUGUCAGCAUCGUCAGAGAGACCCAGUCUCUGGAUGGAGCCAAGAUGGUAGCCAGGUUCUUUCUCCAGCUUGGCGACUAUGGGUCUGCCAUCCAGUUCCUGGUCCUGUCCAAAUGUAACAAUGAGGCCUUCACCCUGGCUCAGCAACACAACAAAAUGGAAAUCUACGCAGACAUCAUUGGUUCUGAGGACACAACUAAUGAAGACUACCAAAGCAUCGCUUUAUAUUUUGAAGGGGAAAAGAGACACUUUCAGGCUGGAAAAUUCUUCUUGCUGUGUGGCCAGUAUUCACGGGCACUAAAGCACUUCCUGAAAUGCCCAAGCUCAGAAGAUAACAUAGCAAUAGAAAUGGCGAUUGAAACUGUGGGCCAGGCCAAAGACGAACUGCUGACCAAUCAACUGAUAGACCAUCUGAUGGGGGAGAGCGACGGCAUGCCGAAGGAUGCUAAGUACCUAUUCCGCUUGUACAUGGCGCUGAAGCAAUACCGUGAAGCCGCCCGGACGGCCAUCAUCAUCGCCCGAGAAGAGCAGUCUGCAGGGAACUACCGGAAUGCACAUGAUGUUCUCUUCAGUAUGUACGCAGAACUGAAGUCACAGAAGAUCAAAAUCCCCUCAGAGAUGGCCACCAACCUCAUGAUCCUGCACAGUUACAUACUCGUGAAGAUUCAUGUUAGGAGCGGAGAUCAUAUGAAGGGGGCACGCAUGCUCAUUCGAGUGGCCAACAACAUCAGCAAGUUCCCGUCCCAUAUCGUGCCUAUCCUGACAUCGACUGUGAUUGAGUGUCACAGGGCGGGCCUGAAGAACUCUGCUUUUAGCUUUGCGGCUAUGCUGAUGAGGCCCGAAUACCGCAACAAAAUUGAUGCCAAGUACAAAAAGAAAAUUGAAGCGAUGGUCAGGAGACCGGACACAUCCGAGACAGAAGAGGUCACCACCCCAUGUCCCUUCUGUCAGUUUCUUCUCCCAGAAUGUGAGCUGCUUUGUCCCGGCUGCAAAAACAACAUCCCGUACUGCAUUGCAACAGGCCGGCACAUGCUGAAAGACGACUGGACGAUGUGCCCACACUGCGGCUUCCCUGCGCUGUACUCUGAAUUCAAGAUCUUACUAAACAGUGAAAGCACAUGUCCCAUGUGUUCAGAAAGAUUAAACUCUAGUCAACUGAAAAAGAUUUCAGACUGCACGCAGUACCUACGGACAGAGACGGAACAGUGAGCCACAGGCCCAGACAGCUCCUGAGUAGACAGACGGCAGCUCCCUCAGGAGGCAGUGUCCACCCCGGCAGACUUGAAGAGUGGUCCUUCCUGGAUACAGUGACAUACAGUGACACGACCUGCUGCUUGCUGAACUCUGUGUGUGUCCUCUUCAAAGUCCCACAUGGUGUGUGCUCUGUACCGUUAGUAGUAUAUUGUAAAUAUCCAGUUUUCUAAUGACUUUUUUAUUUAAGUAUCUUCUUUAAAAUUAAACUGUUGACUAGA